AUGCAUCAAAAUGAGAAUAAAAAGUUAAUUUUUGAUCUUGAAAAGGAAAAGAAGAAGGACGAGAAGUUAAAGAAGCAGCAGCAAUUACUAGCUGAAACACAAGCAAAGGAUAAUAAUAACAACUCAUCAUCAUCAUCAUCAUCAUCAUCACCAUCAAAGUCAUCAAUUUCUUUCUCUUCAAAUAAAUCAUAUGCUUCACCAUUCAAGAAGAUUACUAUAAAGAAUGGACAGGUUGUAAAGGAUGUAGAUUCCUCGAAGAAGCAAUCCUCUGCACAGGCAUCGAAUGCUACAUUGCAUGUUAAGCAAAAGAACAAGAUUGGGUUGGCAGACAAGAUUGAAAAUAACACACUUCAUGUGUUCUUGUCGUCGACUUUCAAGGAUAUGAUUGGUGAGCGUGACCAUCUUAUCAAGGUAGUCUUCCCAGCAUUGAAUAUGAAGGCGAAAUCCAAGAAUCUCACAAUCGUACCGGUGGAUUUGCGUUGGGGUUUGACCAAGGAGGAAACUACACUCAAGGGACAGAUUGAGUUGUGUUUAAAGCAGAUCGAAAAGUGUCCUGUGACCAUUGGAAUGGUUGGUUCGCGUGUCGGUUGGAUCCCAUCGGAGUACAAGUUGGAAGAUCCAAACUCGGAUGCUUCCAAGUGGUUGUCUGCUUUGCCACUCGGUCACUCGAUUACAACCAUUGAGAUUCUCUAUGCUCUCGAGGCAGCUGCAUCCGGAAAGAAGCACUGCAUCGCAGCACUACGUGAAUCAAACGAACACUUUGUCGCUGAGGAUGCCGAUGCCGAGCGCAGACUCCACGACACCCGACAAACUCUAAUCAACCACAGUCACUGCUCCACCAUCGCCAACUAUCCAGCAACUGGUAGCGCUUCAUCCGCCGACAAGUAUGGCAAUAUUAUCAUGAAGGAUUUGGAUGUUUUCGGUGAUUUCAUUCUCCAACAGCUCUGGGAGAUCAUCGAGUUGGAAUUCCCAACACCAGUGUUACCGUUGGAUCAGUUGGAGCGUGAGAAGAUUGCACACUCCAACGCAUUGCAAGCUAGAUCCGCUCAUUACUUUGGACGUGCUUCUUUCCAACAGAAAUUGAAGGCACAUAUCAACGACAACAGCAGUAUCGAUCGUAUUGGUUUGGUGUAUGGUGAGCCGGGUUCAGGUAAAAGUUCAUCACUUGCAUACCUUGCAAAGUCACUGGAAUCCGAUCCUCAAUGGCUCGUACUCUAUCACUUCAUUGGAUGUUCAUCUGAAUCCACUGAUGUAACCAACAUCUUGGCUUCUUUCUCUGCAAAGUUAAUUCAACAAUUCAAGUUAAAAUUUGAAUUAUCUGAAUCAUUUGAGAAACUACGUAUUGAUUUCCCAAUUAUUUUAUCAAAGUGUAAGGGUAGAAAGAUUUUAAUAUUGAUUGAUGAUUUGGAUGAAUUGAAUCCAGCAAAUCAAUCACAUCAAAUGGAAUGGUUACCAGAGUCUUCAGAGUUACCUAAUAAUGUAUUUGUAUUUUUGAGUUGUGAUCAAGGAAAGGUUUGUUGGGAUUACCUCCAUCUCCGAUCAAAGAUUCCACAGACUUUCUAUUUGAAUCCAUUGGAGAUGUCUGACCGUCAACUCAUCGUAGAGAAAACAUUGGAUCUCUUUGGAAAGCGUUUGGAUUCCAAGCAAUGCGAUCGUCUCAUUUCGAAAACACAAGCCAAGCUACCGUUGUUUAUCAAGUUGGUUUGUGAGGAGCUACGUAUCUUUGGUUCAUUCGAUCGUCUUGCAAUGUUUAUCGCCAAGCUACCAGAGACAAUUCCACAGUUGAUCGACCAAAUGAUUACUCGUUUGGAAGACGAUUUCGGAAAGGAUCUAAUCAGAAAGACACUGUGCUACAUUGCAUUAUCUCGUUAUGGUUUGACAGAGACAGAGUUACUGGAUCUCCUCGCUCGUAACUCCACAUCAUCUUCAACUGCUUCCUCUGUUUCUUCGAAGCUACAAAAGGUGGAGCCAUUGGCAUUUGUAGUAUGGGCACCACUUUUGUCUUCACUCUCUCCAUUGCUACGUCAACAAACUAAUCAUAUCACAUUCUUCCACGGUCAGAUUGCCAAUGUUAUUAUCCGUCGUUAUCUCUCGAUUGAGAGAUCUGCCAUUGCUGUACAUCAAACUCUUGCCGACUACUACCUUGCACAUGCAGAUCCCGAUGCCAAGAGAAACUGGUCGGGUGUUGUCGCCAAGCCAUACGUCGAACUUCCAUAUCAUUUGAUGUGUGCCAAGAGAUUCGAUCAACUUUCAACAUUGUUCCAGGAUCUUCGUUUCAUUGAGUCAAACUUCCAGAGACAGUUGGGUAGAGAGUUGAUCGAACGUUUCCUCUCUGUGCUAUCUUCUGUUCGUGGACCAGCACUAACAGGUGAACGUUGGACUGGCUACAACUUCUCAACAGUAAACACUGUCGAAGAUUUCUUUGCAUUCGUUCAAUACCAAUCUCACCAUCUCACUAAAUUCCCAUUUGUUGCAGCACAACUCGCUCUCAAUCUUCCGGACGACGCCGUUUGUCACGCUGCUGCAUCCAAGUUACUCAACAGCGAGCGACGUCUCCACCUCAACUGGGUCAACAAGUCGCAGAUUUCAGACUUUGUCAUUUCAACUCUUGCUGGACACGAAGAUUUCGUUCGUGCAGCUCUCUACAAGGAUGACGGUUCACUCUUGGCAUCGUGUUCUGACGAUCGUUCCAUUCGUCUUUGGAGUGGUGAAACAGGACAGUUGGUUCGUGUCUUCCCAAAGCUUCACACUGACAAGGUUACUCAACUCGCUUGGAGAAACAAUACUAUCAUCACUGUCUCUCGUGAUAAGCGUAUUGUAAUGUGGGAUGAAUACGGUCGUGUUAUCUCUGAGUUUGCCAAUGGUCAUUCCGGUGCGGUUUGGGGUGUCGACGUUGCCGGCAAUGGAAAUCGCUUCGUAACUGCAUCUUGGGACGGAACUGCCAUCGUCUGGGAUGUUGCAACAAAGAAGCCGGCUCUUACAUUGAGUGCACAUUCUCCACAGAAACUAUCGGCCUGUGCAUACUCACACAACAACAAGUGGGUAGCAACCGGAUGUUGGGGAGGUGUUCUCAUUGUUUGGGAUGCCAAUACCGGUGCAGAGUUGAAGCGAUUCAAGGUAUCCGAUAUGACUAUUCUAUGUAUCCAAUUCUCUCAUGACGAUACUAUGAUUUCUCUUUCAUCGGUUGACACCAACACUCAUGUCUACAGCACUACCAACUGGACAAAGAUUGCCAAGCUCGAGGGUCACAACGAAGCGGUUAUCAGUGCACGUUUCUCAUCGGAUUCCAAGUAUCUAGUAUCGUGUUCCGACGAUAAGACGGUCCGAGUGUACGAAACCGCCGAGUGGACACAAGUAUCAUUGAUGACCGGUCACUCUGGUCGUAUUAUUUCCUGUGCAUUCCAUCCAUCUUCUGCUCGUCGUCAAGUUGUCACUGGUGCCACCGACAAGUUUAUCAAGAUCUGGGAUCCAAAACUUGGUUAUUCCGUUGCUCAAAUUCAUCAAGGUCAUAGAAAGGCAGUGAAUGCACUUCAAUACGUUGCUGAAACCAAUACUCUCUAUUCAGUUGCCGACGAUAAGACUGUAAAGGUAUGGAGUGAUUUCACUAGAAACGACACUCUAACAUUGGAGAAAACCAUUGAGUUGUCACUCAAGGAUUUCGUUAUCGAUCCAGUCCAAAAGAACAUGAUUGGUGUCAACGGAAAUGGUUGUAUCAUUGUAGCCGAUUUGAAUGGAAAGAUAAUCAAGCGAUUCGAAAAGGCAGCCAACUCGAUCAGUGUAUCACCAAAUUUCAAACACGUAGGUUAUCUCCAUGGAAAGGAAGGUCAAGUGUCAAUCAUGGACUUGGAAUCCGGUAGUGAAGUGUAUAGCGCUCGUCAUGGAUUCGUUUUGAAUCAAAUCGGUUACAGUCCAACCGGUGAGUAUGUUGUUGUCUCUGAUGGAAAGGGUACAUUCACAGCAUUAAAGUGCUCGCCAACCACCAGCAACUAUUCGAUGCACUCUCACAUCACCCUCGAGCCAAUGGAUGCAAUCACCGGAAUUGGAUGGUCAUCGAAUGGCAAUCUUUUGGCGAUUGGUACCAACAAUGGAUCUACCUAUAUUUUUGAUGUCAAGCGAUCAUUCUAUCAAAUCAAUGUACUCAAGGGACAUGCAUUUGCCGUGCGAGCACUCGCAUUCACACCCGAUGCCAGUCACCUCCUCACCGCUUCACUCGACAAGCAAGCAUUGUUGUGGGACCUCCAAACAAGCAACAUCGCUACCAUCUUCCCAUUGGCAUCGAUUUCCACCUCAAACAUCCUCAUUUUCAACGAUCAUCAAAAUGUUAUUACCAUCGCCAUCUCUGAUUACACUGGUAAAAUUCAUCACUUAAAGUUUAUGAAAAAUAGUUAA